UCUCUCUCUCUCUCUCUGUCUCACCGUGCAAUGCACAGUCCAUGCUUACAUCACAACUCCUAACACAUGGACGACCACAUUAAAUACAUAGAAGUGAGCAGCACGGGACUGUGAGGCGGACCUCUGCUAGCCGCCUUCCCCAUUCAAGUCAUUGGGGAGCUUUUUUCAGCCAGCGUCCAUAAAGUCCCGGCAGACCUCAGUGUGCUCGAGGGACGGACAGCAGUGGACUCCCGGCUGCGGCAGCUGCAAGUGGAUGGAUGCAUGGACGGACGGGUAAAAGGGGCAUGCAGGAGUAACCACGGCAACGUUGCCAGGUGAGAGGACACAGGGACUCUGCAAGGAUGGGAUCUCAGCCGAAGCCCCCGGACCUGCUGCGGGAGGAGGGCGGGCUGCUGCACGCUGCCUUGGUAGAGCAGGAGGAGGACGAGGAGGACGAGGAGGGCUCCGCUGACAGCAGCAGUGACAGCACCAGCCGGGCAGAGCCGGUGACGAUGCCCACCUUUGACGUCCCCUAUUUUCGCUACAUCGACGAUGAGGGAACUGAAGGAGACGAAGGAUGGAGCAGCAGCCGCUCCAUGUCCUCCAUUGAGGAGGACUCGUCCACUGACUCUGUUGUGUCUGACAGGUACAUGGUUGUAUCGGGGACGCCGGAGAAGAUCCUGGAGUACUUGCUCGAUGACCUGACACUGGAUGACGACCAAGGGACGACACCCACCAAAGAGUCAGAUAUACUUGUGGAUGAUUUUCUGCUGACCUACCCUGUCUUCAUGUCCACCGGUGAUUUAUGUCAAGCUCUGCUGGGGCACUAUUGCACCAAGAGAUACAGAGGGAAAGAGGACAGGAAAGAGGCUCUGGAGAGGAAACGGAAAGUUCUGCACCUGGUAUCACAGUGGAUGUCCCUCUGCAGAGGCUUCCUGCGGGAGGACGAGCAUGUCAAACUGUUCACAAAGACUUUGUAUCGCUACGUGUUGGAUGAUCUCUAUGAGCACCCGUUCCUGGAGAAGGAUGUGAGGGAACUGCAGAAACUGUACCAGCUGCAUCGCAGACAGGCGGUGGAUGAAUAUUCUCCUCAAAGAAAGGGCAAAGCACUUUUCCACCAGCUGAGUUUGAAAGAGAACAGUCUCCAGUCAAGAGGCACGCAGGGGGAGACCAAGGCAGCGCUGUGUCACGUGUACGUCACCAUGGACUCGUUCCUAAGCAUGAGGGCCCAUGCAGGGAUGGUGGCUGAGGAGCUGCUGCAGGCGGUGGCAGAAAGAAUGGAGGUCCCACUGGAGAAACUGGUGCUACUGGCUGUCACCUACAACGGAGGUAGACACCUCCUGCAGCCUCAGGACAGAGUCUUCUCCGAUUCUUUACGACCGGUUGGGAGACUGCAUGUGUGCAGGAAGGACCUGGGUGAGGUCUUGAACCCGUUCACAGACAACUCGGAGCUGCAACAGAGAACGGCCCGCAUGCUCAGUAUAAACACGUGGGACGUGGCCGUUGCUCUCACCGACUUUGACUGGACCAUCUUUGAAUCAAUACACGAGCAAGAGCUCGUCUAUUUCACCUUCAGCCGCCAUAGCAGCAGCAGCCACACCGUGGCGUUGGAGCUGCUGCUGCAGCGCUGCAAUGAAGUCCAGCUAUGGGUGAUGACUGAGGUGCUGCUGUGCUCGGCGCUCUGCAAAAGGGUCCAACUCAUCAAGAAGUUCAUCAAGAUCGCCGCGCACUGCAAAGCACAAAGGAAUCUCAACUGUUUCUUUGCCAUCAUAAUGGGUCUGAACACUGCAGCCGUUAGCCGCCUCGGUCAAACGUGGGAGAAAAUUCCUGGGAAAUUCAAAAGGCUGUUUGCGGAGCUGGAAACGAUUACAGAUCCCUCGCUGAACCACAAGGCCUACAGGGACUCCUUCAAGAAGAUGAAGGCGCCCAAGAUCCCAUUCCCUCCUCUGCUGCUGAAAGAUAUUACGUUCAUUCAUGAAGGCAACAAGACGUUUCACGACAACAUGGUCAAUUUCGAAAAGCUGCACAUGAUAGCAGACACACUGCGUCUCAUCCGGCAGUGUCAGAAAGAUCACAUGGUAGGUAACGGCAUCACCCAGAAGAGCAGCUCAGAAGUGAGAGCCUACAUCGAUUACCUGCAUAUCAUCGACAAUCAGCAGACUCUGUUUGAACUGUCACACGGGCUGGAGCCUCGUGCUUAGAGAGCCGCUCUCACCGGCCUCCCCCACAUGUCAGCCAUACUGUUGGACUGCCGAGAACACCAUCUGUCACUGUCUCAUCUGUCUCUCAGGACUCACUCAGCAGUCAGAGAGACGGUGCAGGAUCCCGGGCCGACCACAGGAGGGAGCCGCUCAAUCAGGAAACUCUCACCAGGGGAUUGGGGAAUAAGCAGAAAAGAGUCAGAUGCAUAAAACGUUUGCAUAGAUUUACAAAUGUGUCAGUGGUACAGAACACCUGAAAGCACUGUUUGUUCCAAUGACUUGUGUUGACUGGCGUUAAGAAGAAAUAUGUACCUGUGGCUGCUUUUACUGGAAUGUCCCAAAGACAUCACAGGUGUUCUUACAAUGACGCAACAGCUCCCCCCUGUGGAGCAUAAGCACCCUGCAGUAAGAGAUUGAUAGCAGGUUAAAUGCUCCCCCCACCCAAUAUAUAAACCCACAGGAAAUGAAUGUUAAUGAAAAACGAAGUGUUAAAUAUUCAACAUUGUUAUAUACAUUGAUUUUCUAUUUUUACAUUGCAGACUUCUCGUACCAUAAAGAAGCUCGAUUGUUUAACCAUGGAGCCUGUUAGACGAGGCAAUUCAACACAGCGUUCCGCAAAAGUUGUUUGCUGUUGUAAUCACCAUGUUAGUCCCGAAGAACUUAAAAAAGAAUCCCCUAUUCUAAAUAAUUAAAAUUGCUCGUCCUUGUAAAAGCAUAAGGAGCUCCAUCUGGUUGAGCUGUGGACAAUCAAUUAAAAUGAAGCAGACGCCACCUAAUGAUACAGCAGUAUUGGUCUCUAAAGGCAUUUUGUCACCCAGAUCGUGUUUGAUUAGUUGAGGUUGUCUACUCCACCAGAUUAGUAUUUGAAAAACUCAGCAACAGCCUUUCCAAAAGAAAACUAAGACCUGGUGAAUCACAACUAGCGACGAGGCUGUUGAGCGAACGUCCCUCUUUUAUCCUCAGUAGAUAUUGAAGGAGAAAAUUACGUUUUUUGUGCUUUGGAGUGAACGGUUUCAUCAAGUAAAGUGCAAUAGAGAAAACAAGUAUUAUAGCACCUUAUACACAAAGGAGAGAAAGAAAAAUAGAGGCCAUUUAAUUAUGUAGAGGGUGCAUCAACGAUCCUGUACUCAACUCUAUAGUUUGUAGUUAUAGAAGAUACAGUACAGUAUUUAUUUAUUUAGAUCUGUCAACUGAAAACUUUCACUUUGCCCUGAGUUUAGAAGUGGUGCAAUAGAAAUGUGAAUUACAUUCUUUAAAUUUCAUUUCUACAUUUAAAGCCUUCAGUAAACAUCGAGAAAAACACUUUGAUAGACAGAUAUUAUAUACCUACAUCAAUGUACUUUGUCUGUACGUGUGUGUGUGUGUGUGUGUGUGUGUGUGUCGACAUUCAGGAUAAGGGUAUUAAUUUAUUCCAGAAUUAUUUAUUUGUCCUAGAGUAAUUCCUUUAUUACUUCAGUUUGAUUUAAUGGUUUUUGUACGCAGCAUUUGGCUGGUCUGCAUGAUAUGGCAAACCGUGGAUUGACCAGCAGUGUCAACUGUGCAUGCAAUAAAAUAUCUUCCAUCAUCA